AUGUAUUGGCCUCCUGCUCUACUAUACUGGUGGGCUCUCCCCAGUUGCAUCGCCCAUCAAAUCUCACGCGAUGACCACGAUGCAUCUCCCCUAAACAAGGCCUUCGAAAAGAAAGUCAACUGGGCCCUAGAGCACUUCAGCAUCCCUGGGCUCGCAGUAUCUGUAGUCCGUGGAGAAGAUAUCUUCGCCAAGGGCUACGGUAUAUCCAACACGGAGACAUCAAAGCCCGUCACAGAACACACCUUGUUUGAAGGAGCCAGCACAACCAAAGCAUUCACGGCAGCAGCGAUCUCCCUUCUCGUAGAUGACAACGAGAACUACCCCGAGAUCCAAUGGGAGACGCCAGUGCAUGAUCUUCUACUGGAGUUUGCUCUCGACGACCCAUGGGCCACGACUCAUGUUACACUCGAGGAUAUUCUGUCUCAUCGCUCAGGCUUACCACGCCAUGACUGGAUCGCCAACGCAAAUAUCACCAUUCCCGAACUUAUCUCCAAGCUGCGCUAUGCGCCCUUAACAGCUCCUGUUCGCACACAAUGGCAAUAUACAAACCUCCUGUAUAUGACAGCUGGCUAUCUACUUGAGACACAGACCGGCCAGCCACUGAAAGAAUUCCUGCGCAGCCGAAUCUGGGAACCUCUCAACAUGACAGAGACCUAUUUUACUCCCACCGAUGCCCAGGCGGCAAACGAAGACAUCGCCAAUGGCUAUUACGUCGAUUCAGACCACCAAUUCAAAGAUGCAGGCUAUCCAUCCCCGAAGAUUCUCCGCGGGGCGUCGGGGGUGCUCUCUUCCGCAACCGAUUACGCCAAAUGGCUUCGCGCCAUGAUCCAUCGCAGGCCACCCCUAUCUCCGGCCGGCCAUGCUGCAGUCACAGGCGCACAUAGCAUUGUUCUCCCGACAGUAGUUCCACCAUUUUCAGCACCCAGUUUGUACGGCUUCGGCUGGAUCCUGCAAUCGUACAAAGGCCACGCGGUGGUCCAACACACCGGCGCCAUAUAUGGCUUCGGAUCCAUGGUAAUCUUCUUACCGGACGUGCAGCUCGGGAUCACGAUCCUAGGAAAUAACCUGAUGUCCACGAACGCGGUUGCAAGUGUGUUAGCCUACCACAUCAUCGACGAAGCUCUGGGCAUUCCAGAGGAAGAUAGAUUCGAUUGGGCUAAAGAAGCCGAGAAAGUCCUCAACGUGACAAUCACCCCCGAUCCACGAUCGCUGUACCCAACAAUCCCCAACCCACCCCUCCCUCCACCUCUACCUCCAGCCAACAUCGCGGGUUUAUACACCCAUCCCGCCUACCCAACCCUCAACUUCACAGAAAGCUGCUCGCAGAAAUCCAUCAUCCCGCCCUUAACCAACGCCACAACGGUCCCGAGACUCUGCAUGUCUUUCGUAGAUCCCGCAGAACUCCCAGACUCGCUCAUCAUGGAGAUUGUGCAUGUCUCUGGGGAUGACUGGGUCUUUGGAUCUGAGUAUGAUGGAGUUGCGACGUCGACGAAAGUUGAGGUUAAGGCUGGAUCAGAUGGGCUGGUUGAACGGCUUGGGAUCGAGGCGGAUGGAGCUAUGUCGGCGUUGGGGGAGAAGAUUUGGUGGGUUAAGAGCGAUUAA